CCGCACUCUCAUCUCACCAUGCGCCGCUUUCUUUCUCGGUCUCGAUCGUCGUCGUCUCAUUCUGCAGAUGCUGCAUCCGAAAAGUGGGGUUCCCAUGUGUUCAACCCUCCCCAGCGCUUCAAUCGGCAGGGCGAGCCAAUCAUCUAUGAAGACACCGAGGAUGACGAGCAGUCCACCGCCGCGCUCGUAAGCGCACCCGCAGACGCCCCACCCCCUCCUGCGAACUUCAAGAUCAAGCGCGUCGACAAUUAUUACAGCUCAUGGUCGAAGGCGUGGAAGUUCCGCAACACGGGAUCUAGCUUCAACCCCGAGGCACUCAUCACUGUGGGCAACGGUGCGCGCGACGGCAACGAUCCAUGGCAGAGCUACUGCUUUGUGGUCGUGCGGAAGCUCCCUAAACCGAGCGACGACGGCGGUGAACCUACCUACCAGGUCGUAGUGAAGAGCCCGUACCUGCUCAAGGCUUGCAAGGACGUCAUCCAGAAGGUGCAGGGCGUGUCCUGGACUGCUGAGCCGUUAGAGCUGGAUCCACACUUGCUCCUCGCGUUUCUUCCGCAGUUUGAGCAGUACCGGGACGGCUUGCGUGCGAAGAGCAACCGUACCUCCGAAGAGACGACCGUCAUGAAGACUGUCGACGUCCUGAUCGACUACCUGCGCACGGACUACAAGGGCACGAUCGCGAAGGUCGCUAACCUAACCGCGCACGGCGAGAUAACCUUCGACACGCUUUUCGCCCUAUUCGUCCCGCGCUCGAUCGUCGUGUCGGAGUGCCCGACCACGGGCGAGCCGCGCGCCUUCCAGAUCGUCUCCGCGUCCAAGAUCAAGUCCACAAUCGUAGGGGGUAUGUACGACCUCAUCUGCGAGAGCGUCGACGCGUUCGACGACGCGAACGAGAGCGGCUCCUACGGUGCAUACGGCGCCGCGAGUUUCAACCCUGCUGCGGGCCCGAACGGUGGAUUCAUGCCCUAUAUACCGACUCCCCCAGGGAUGAACCCCGAAGAUGCGGAGAUGCAGCGGGCUGCCGGGAAGUCGUUUGGGCGCGUGCAGAACCGCAUCUUCGUCUCGCACUUCAAGGGAACGAUGAAGAUCAGCUCUCUGGAUGUCUACCCGAUUAUCUACCACCCCGACGCUGGGCGGCUCGAGAUGUCUCUUAUCGCGCGGGGGAAGAAGUGGCUUGAGCUCAGGGGGAUCCACCACAUGCAGUACGACGGACCUGCGGGGUAUACUCUUAGCAUGGGCGGGACAAAGUCCACGAUCAAGUAUAGAGUGAAGUCGCGCAUCAUGAUAGACAAAGGGAAUUUCCGUCGCCUGAACCCGAACUACGAGAUGCCCAUGGUGAAGGUCGACAAUGCGCCGCCUCCGAACGUGCCCGAUCAAUACGGAAACUACCCUCCGAGUCCGCCGCCAAUUCCUUACAACCCUAACAGCACCGUGCCAACCUUCCAGGUCCGGGCGCGCGCGACGCGUGAUGUUGAUGAGCUGACAGAGGACGAAUUGAUGCUCACUCCUCCUUCCGUGUACGGCUUCAGUUUGACCGACAAGACCUGGCUCGAGUUUAACAUCCAGCACGUCCAGCCAAUUGUUUGGAAUGAUGAGGCGUUCGCGAACCUCGUCCUCCCCGCGGACCGCAAGAUCCUGCUCCAGUCGCUCGUCGAGGCACACAACGGAGACUUGAGCUUCGACGACUUCGUGGCCAACAAGGGCCGCGGACUCGUUAUCAACUUGUUCGGGCCUCCGGGUGUCGGAAAGACCCUGUCGGCAGAGGCUACGAGCGAGCAUGUCCGACAGCCGCUGUACGUCGUCGGCGCUGGGGAUCUUGGCACAAGCGCCAUCGAGUUGGAUCAGGCGCUGAACAGGGUGUUUGAUAUUGCGACGAGCUGGAGAGCGAUCGUCCUCAUUGACGAGGCGGACGUCUUCCUCGAGCAGAGGUCGCUGCACGACAUGGAGCGGAACGCGAUGGUCGCAGUCUUCUUGCGCCACGUCGAGUACUACCACGGCAUCCUCUUCAUGACGACGAACCGUGUCAAGGCAUUCGACGAGGCCUUCCUCUCACGCAUCCACGUCGCACUGCACUUCCACGACCUCACGCGCGACGCGCGCAAGCAGGUAUGGGCGGCAUUCCUCAGCAAGGUCGGCGUCGCGCCUGCACAGUUCGGGGAGGCGCUUCUCGACAAGCUCGCGGAGCGCGAGGUAAAUGGGCGGCAGAUCAAGAACGCUGUGCGCACGGCGAGCUCGCUGGCUGCGAAGAAGGGCGUGCAGGUGAGCUAUGCGGACCUGAUGGAGACGCUGGACGCGGUGGACGAGUUUACGGCGGAGUUCAGGGCUGUGAGGCAAGUUGAUGCGUAACUGACGAGCCAUGUAUGUACGAUAUCUAGAGGAGUAGAAGAAACCUAUAUGUAAUGAUUGGUGAGGGAAUCAGUCCAAG